UAUUGAUGAUUAUUACUCCUGGUCCUGCUAAGCCCCAUAAGGUACGCGCAAUGGAAAAGAGAGAACACAACAUGGCCUCAAUUACGCAUCUUUGUUCGGUCUAUCCGAGUCGAGCUCGUUCUCGACCGCCAUGUCCACGUCACCUCCAUCGGAAAAUCUAGCUCCUGCCUUCCACACUGAUGUAAAACAGGUUGUGGACAUCAAGUCAGACGACUCACCUGACCUAAACGCGAACCAAGUUGCUAUCUCGUCUAUCAGCAAGGAUGAACCGCUUGUGACUAGAAGGGAGUUGUGGAGCUAUUACCUGUACUCUAAUGGUGGUAAUGGUGUCGGUUUGGGCUAUACACAGACCCUGUUCCAAGGGCUUGCCACGGCGGCGGGAUAUGAUCCAGUCGCAGGCCCUGGCUCGUCAUGUCUUGCGGACACUGCCUCUGGCCAAUGCAUAGUUCCCUGGGGUAGCGGAACAAAGUCAGUUUCCAGCGUGGUGCUGACUGCAGAUGGUAUUAGUUUCGCUAUCAUGACAGCUAUACUAACUACUAUCGGUUCUGCUGCUGACUAUGGUACAUUCGGACGGUGGUUGCUGUUCGCUAUCACUGUAGUGUGCUGGGCUGCGCAGUAUGCGUGUAUGGCACUUACCACACCAAACCGAUGGGUCCUUGCGAUGGUUCUGUACAUCAUCGGUUUCGUGUCAUACAGUGUUACUCUGGUUUUCUAUGCCGCUCUAUUCCCUCGCCUCGCACGAAAUACAUCACGUGCACGCCAGUUUAGAGAGAAGUAUGAAAAUGGCGAGAUUCCUCCUGAAGUUUACGAGCAAGAAGAGUCGCUGGAGAAGAAUAGGAUCACUGAUGUCUUUACUGUUCAUAGCAAUGUUGGAUUUGUGACCACACUAUUGCUGAACUUGGCGCUUUUGCUGCCGAUGGCGAACAACCCCAAGGUAGACAAUUAUGUGAUCGUGGUUGUCAACACAUAUUGGGUGGUAUUAGGUAUCUGGUGGUUUGUCUUCCAGGAACCUAGGCCAGGCCCCGAAUUGCCUAAAGGUGAAUAUUACCUGACCAUUGGAUGGAAGCAGAUCUGGGCUGCGCUGAAAACAUACAAGCAUCUUCCCUACACCUUUGUGUAUCUGUUCUCCUACUUUCUUCUUGCAGACGGUCUCAAUACUACUGGAACCCUCGUUUCCGUAUGUCAGAACGACAAGUUUAGUUUCUCGUUCCUGCAAAAUACAUACCUGGGCUUGUCCCAGGCUAUUACUUCGACAAUCAGCACUCUCGCCUUUUGGUACGUCCAGAGAUAUUGGAAGAUUAGCACGAAGAAGAUGGUGUGUAUUGCUACUUUAUCAUGCUCUCUUUACUUGACUGCCAAUGGCACAGUUUGUGGUCACGAAUGUUGUCACGAUUUUGAUUCCGCUAUGGGGUAUGAUCGGAAUAUGGACAGAAAAACUCGGGUUCCACAACGUAUGGGAGUUCUGGUUUGUCAAGACUCCGCGUUUAUAUUGUUUUGUUUUUAUAUUAUUAUCAGGGCGUACAAUGUGAUGUUUGGCCUCUUCCAGGCGCCCUAUUACGCGUACUCUCUGACAAUGAUGUCUGAGCUUAGUCCGCCGGGUUUUGAAAACAUGUUCUUCGGUCUCUUCGGUCUAUCCAACCGCGCCUCUUCCAUGGUGGGGCCCAAUGUCAUACAGGUCAUCAUCGACAAGACGGGGAAUAACUGGCAGGGGUUCCCGUUCCUCUUUGCGAUGUGUACGGCUGCCUCUGUGGUGAUCUGGUUCGGGGUCGAUAUCACGAAGGGGCGAAGGGAUGCUGUGAGGUGGGCGGCUGAGCAGCGCAGGCAUAUACAGUAGAGCGAUCGUUGUAUAUUUUCGUUCUUUGAGGUGACCUGGGGCAUUUCUAAUGUAUACUGUCCAUGUUAGCAAGUUU